AUGAUUCUCCUUGAGCUGCCAUCGCCUUCGCGCCAAGACCACCACCAAAACCGUCCCCCGUUGUCAGCCUUCCGCUUCCCUGUUCUCACUCUGGGACCAUCGCUGCUUUUACCUGGACUUUGGCCUACACUUCUCCACUUGUGGAGACCAUUGAAGGGCCCAAGAGCGCUUAAAAACGCGGAUCGGUUGGUCGAUUCCGAAAUCUGCCUCGGGCUGAGCUUCUACACUCCCGAUAACCCGUCGCACUGUCUCAAAGGAAGGACUAAGUGUGACAACAUGUCAUUUAUCUUGGUAUCAGAUACUGGAGACGACGAUCGGCCUCAUGGCAAGGUGGCUUGUUUACAACGGAAGAGGCCAAACAAUGGUUCUCGAGGUAAAAAGCUCAGCAUUUGA